UGGCCCUGCAGCCGCUCAUCUCGCCCAGAAACCCCGUAGUGCAACACAGCAGCGCCAUUCGAUAACUGCAACACUAUCCAAAAUGGCAGGAGCUGAUGGAGACGACUCUCUCUACCCUAUUGCCGUUCUCAUUGAUGAACUGCGAAAUGAGGAUGUCCAGUUACGACUGAACAGCAUCAAGAAGCUGUCAACUAUUGCCUUGGCACUUGGUGUCGAGCGGACUCGCACUGAACUCCUUCCAUUCCUCACAGACACCAUCUAUGAUGAAGAUGAGGUGCUCUUGGCCUUGGCUGAGCAGCUUGGCAAUUUCACUAUGUUGGUCGGAGGGCCAGAGUAUGUCCACUGUCUCUUGCCCCCUCUGGAGAGCCUUGCUACAGUUGAGGAGACCGUAGUCAGAGAUAAAGCUGUGGAAUCCCUGCGGAAGAUUUCUCAGGAGCACUCUCCUGUUGACCUAGAGGUCCAUUUUGAGCCUUUGGUCAAGCGACUGGCCAGCGGUGACUGGUUCACUUCUCGCACAUCUGCUUGUGGUCUCUUUAGCGUCUGUUAUCCUCGUGUCUCCAGCACUGUCAAGGCAGAGAUCCGCCAGCAUUUCCGCACUUUGUGCUCAGAUGACACUCCUAUGGUGCGUCGUGCUGCAGCAUCCAAACUGGGGGAGUUUGCCAAAGUCCUUGAGCUGGAUUAUGUAAAAAGUGACAUCAUUUCCCUCUUCACCGCUUUGGCCUCUGAUGAGCAGGACUCAGUGCGGCUUCUUGCGGUUGAGGCUUGUGUCAGCAUUGCAACUCUGCUGCCUCAGGAGGACCUUGAGUCCCUGGUGAUGCCAACCCUUCGCCAGGCUGCAGAAGAUAAAUCCUGGAGGGUCCGCUACAUGGUGGCUGACAAGUUCUCUGAACUCCAGAAAGCAGUUGGGCCAGAGAUCACCAAGAAUGAUCUGGUCCCAGCCUUCCAGAAUCUUUUGAAGGACUGUGAAGCGGAAGUCCGUGCUGCUGCAGCCAACAAAGUCAAAGAGUUCUGCGAGAACCUGCCCGAGGAAAAUCGUGAGCAAAUCAUCAUGACUCACAUUCUGCCAUGUGUCAAGGAGCUCGUCUCAGACACCAAUCAGCACGUGAAGUCGGCCCUCGCCUCGGUCAUUAUGGGCCUUUCUACCAUCCUGGGAAAGGACAACACAAUAGAGCACUUGCUGCCUCUCUUCUUGGCUCAGCUCAAGGACGAGUGCCCCGAGGUGCGCCUCAACAUCAUCUCCAACCUAGACUGUGUGAACGAGGUGAUUGGCAUCCGUCAGCUCUCCCAGUCUCUGCUGCCCGCCAUCGUGGAGCUGGCGGAGGACGCAAAGUGGAGGGUCCGCCUCGCCAUCAUCGAGUACAUGCCUCUGUUGGCAGGCCAGCUGGGAGUGGAGUUCUUUGACGAGAAGCUCAACACCCUCUGCAUGGCCUGGCUCAUCGACCACGUGUACGCCAUCCGUGAGGCGGCCACCUGUAACCUGAUGAAGCUGGUGGAGAAGUUUGGAGCCGAGUGGGCGCAGAACACCAUCGUGCCCAAAGUGCUGGGCAUGGCCAACGACCCCAAUUACCUCCACAGAAUGACCACUCUAUUCUGCAUCAACGCUCUGUCCGAGGCGUGUGGCCAGGACAUCACCACCAAACAGAUGCUGCCAGUGGUCCUCAAGAUGUCCAAUGACCAGGUGGCCAACGUACGCUUCAACGUGGCCAAAUCCCUACAGAAGAUCGGCCCCGUGCUCGACAGCAAUGCCCUUCAAACAGAGGUGAAGCCCGUGCUGGAGAAGCUCGCCACAGACACCGACAUGGACGUCAAGUACUUUGCCCAGGAGGCAAUCAGUGUUCUGGCCCUCGCAUAACCAACCCAACACGGCUUAAGCAGACAACCACCCAAGACGGCAACGCAUACUUUCACAAGAUAUUUAUUGAUGUUCAGAAACAACUGGUAAAUGUAUAGAGGAAACUUAACAAUAGUUUUUAUCCAUCUUUCUUUAGUUCACUGUCCAAUAGUCUACGAUGUCCAGCACAGGCUUCUUCACUGUUAAUUGGUAAAGCGUGUCGAGGCAAACUGAUGAAAUAGCAUUAGGCAGUGCAUGUGGACAGGAUAGCUACCCAGAGCCCCUCAUCCCAUUCCUCCCUCUUACGCCCUCUACCGCUGGGGGGGGGGGGGGGCUUUAUCCCCAGUCAUAGCAGCCUACAGCAUGUCUGUCUGCUAGCUCGCAUGCUAGUUCAUGCUAGCGCUCCGUACUGCUGCACUUUCUCUUGCAUCUUUUUGCUAGGUGCAAAAAUCUAAACAGCAGAUGGUGCAGCGGGUGGUUCGUUUAGCUGAGCUCCAUCCUUGAUUAGCCCUGAAAGUUGUCUUUUCUCUGAGAAGCUGCAGGUAGCGCUCCAGCAACCUGACUAAGGUCUGUGCAGAUCUACUCGGCUUUUCCCUCUUCUGCCAGACCAAACCUGUUGUUUCUUAAAUGGUUCUCAGGGUUGUCCUGUAGAGGGAAAUCACGGGACGUCCAUUACUGCGUGUUAUCUGAGGAUUGAUUGCAUGUGCUAAUCGAUCUUAAAUGGUGUCCUCUCCCAGCUCACAUCCAACAGACUCUUCUGGAAGUCAAACCAAGGAAUAAACUCUGCACGCUGUAAUAAGAGCUUCUAAUGAGCCCUUUCCACAGCAGCCAUUUAGAUGCGUCCUCGCAGGGUGAAACACAGGUGUAAUAGAUAAAUGAAUUAUGGUGUCAUUCUAUUUCGUGUCAGUUAUUCCAGUGUGACCGCCUCCCCAGAUGGCACACCUUAAAUGCAGCAUGGCCAAAAGUCCCGUUAUAAAUGACACCUGAUUCCCCUGCAGCUAAUGGCAGCUGUGAAACGGGCCAAUGGGGACCAGCUACGUCAUCAAGUGUUGCUCGUUAUCCCUCCAAAUCCGCGGUGAUCUUUGUUGACGUGAUAGGGUGGGAAUUGGUUGUCAGUUAUGAUUUUCUUCACUAUGUCCUCUGCAUUGCUCUUAAUCUUUGUGCCCAUAUGACUUUGAUAAGCCGCGGGGGUUCUUGUAGUAUGCCGUGCUAAUUCGUAUUCAUCGCUCCCUUUCUCUAAGAGACAAUGUUCUUUUCGUUAAAGGGACACAUUGUUCCUUGGCCGUCAAUAGGAGGGUAACAUUAAAUUGACAAAUAAAGGGCCAUGGACCUCUUCCUGUCCUCCAGCCAUCAAGGGUUCCCUUAAAUCCAGCUCAGGCCUCCACUGUGAAUGAGAUUUAGGAGCAGAAGUUUGGCGACCAAAGGGCCCCCGAGGACUCCUGCUUCCAAAUCUACACGAUGGAGGACGGAUGCAUGCUUUAAAGGAAGUGGGAUCGGGGUCUACAUUAUGUUUUAUUUCGGGGUGGUUGUGGUCCGGUUAAAUAAAUGUAUCUUCUGUGUUGAUAAAAUAAACUCGUCUUUCCUUGAACUGCUCCCGCUGUUUGCCCCCCCCCCCCCCCCCUCAUUUUGUUCUUGAAUAAACCUUGAUUAUUUGUCAUGUAUCACAAAUGUUUUUAUUUCGAAAUCUCAACAAUUGGGAUUCUGUACUACUGUAUCUUUAAAGAUCUGAAUAAAGUAACAAAGGAACCAGU